AACACGAAUGGAUGAAUGAAUAGAAACCAAACCAAAAAUCACGAGCGACGAGCGAGCAAAAGUAAAUUGUGCUGAGCCGGUGGUUUAUUGUGUUUUUAAGCCUAACCCUACAAAAGAUCUCAAAAUGGUCUCCCUAAACCCCAUCAGAAUAUUGAAAAAUGACGCUGAAGAAGAGAGAGCCGAAGUGGCUCGUAUGUCCAGUUUCAUCGGAGCUAUUGCAAUCGGCGAUUUGGUAAAGAGUACUCUGGGCCCUAAAGGGAUGGACAAAAUUUUGGUCUCUAUGGGUAGAAACUCUGGACAGGUUGAAGUCACAAAUGAUGGUGCCACAAUUUUGAAAUCAAUUGGGGUUGAUAACCCGGCUGCAAAGAUUUUGGUAGACAUGGCAAAGGUACAAGAUGAUGAAGUGGGUGACGGUACAACAUCAGUCACCGUCUUAGCUGCUGAACUGCUCCGUGAGGCUGAGAAGCUGGUUGAGCAGAAGCUGCACCCUCAGACAAUUAUUGCCGGGUGGCGCAUUUCUGUUGACGCUGCCAAAAAAGCUCUUCAAGGUGCCAGCUUCGACCACCAGAAGAACCUCAAUGAUGCGGCUCUCCGUUCUGACCUGGAAAAUAUUGCUCGUACCACAUUAAGCUCUAAGAUUCUCUCUAAUCACAAAGAACAUUUCACAAAACUCGCCGUGGAUGCAGUGCUCCGCCUGAAGGGUUCAGGGAAUCUGAAAGCCAUACAGAUCAUCAAAAUCUCUGGCGGCCUCCUUGAAGAGUCAUUCCUGGAUGAAGGCUUUCUUUUAAACAAAAAGGUGGGAGUACAUCAACCGAAACGCCUUGAAAACGCCAACAUUUUGAUCGCCAACACUCCCAUGGACACAGACAAGAUUAAGGUGUUUGGUUCAACCAUCAAAGUGGACUCCAUGGCCAAGAUUGCCGAACUGGAGGUGGCCGAAAAGGAAAAGAUGAAGGAUAAAGUUAACAAGAUCUUGGCACACAAGUGCAAUGUCUUCAUUAACAGACAACUGAUCUACAACUACCCGGAGCAGCUGUUCGCGGACGCGGGCGUGAUGGCCAUAGAGCACGCGGACUUCGACGGCAUCGAGCGGCUGGCGCUCGUCACGGGCGGCGAGAUCGUCUCCACCUUCGACUCGCCUGACAAAGUCACGCUGGGGCACUGCAAACUUAUUGAGCAGGUGCUGAUUGGCGACGAGUGCCUGAUCCGUUUCUCGGGCGUGGAGCUGGGCGCGGCGUGCACGGUGGUGAUCCGCGGCGCCACGCAGCAAGUCAUCGACGAGGCCGAGCGCUCGCUGCACGACGCGCUCUGCGUGCUCGCCGCCACCGUGCGAGAGCCCAAGGUCAUCUACGGCGGAGGCGCGAGCGAGAUGCUGAUGGCAGAGGCGGUGUCCGUCGCGGCGGCGCACACGCCGGGCAAGGAGGCCGCCGCGGCCGAGGCCUUCGCCGUGGCGCUGCGCCGUCUGCCCGCCGCCGUCGCCGACAACGCCGGCUACGACAGCGCCGACCUCAUCGCGCGCCUGCGCGCCGCGCACGCGAGGGGCGACGUCACCGCCGGCCUAGACAUGAACAACGGCGUGGUGGGCGACAUGAAGCAGCUGGGCGUGACGGAGUCGUACGUGGUGAAGCGGCAGGUGCUGGAGUCGGCGGCCGAGGCGGCCGAGAUGAUCCUGCGCGUCGACAACAUCCUCAAGGCCGCGCCGCGCCGUCGCCAGCCUGACCACCGCCCCUGCUAGGUCGCCCGUACUACUACUACCACCAUUACGAACAAGGGCGACGACUGACUGAGACGGUUCAUCAUUCUAAAUUCAAAAGCACAGAAGAUUAAACGCGUACUAGUAGGGCGUUUUCUAAAAUUAAUAUUGAAAACCUGUUUCUCACAGGUGUUUUUGGGUUCUUUCAACUCAAAAUCACUAUAUAUAUAUUCAAACCUGAUGAUAAAAAAAAUGUCCCAAAAAUUUGUAUGAAAAUUGUACAUUCCACGUCACGCACAUGCAAGUGGAAAAAAAACACACUAAAACGUGACGUAAUGGAAUUUUGGGACAUCUUUUUUUUAAUGGCAGGAUGGAGAAUGCUGUCGAUUCUGAGUAGAAUGAGCCCAAGAAUGUCCAGGUUUGAAAGAAUCAAGUUUUCAAUAUUUAUUUUAGCAAAACGCCCAGUAACGCGCGGUUAAAAACUAAAAUCACACAUUGGAACACAUCGCUCAUUGGAACGCACGAAGCAAACUUGCAACAGCGCCGUAUUCGCCCCGUAUUCGUGUUAUGAAAUGAACCGUCCGAGUUAAGCGUUAGAUCUAUAGUAUUAUCUGAAGCUCGUGGCAAACGGUUUUAGUCAUUCGAUUUUCUAUCUUACGUUAUGUUAAAAAAGCCUGAGAAAGAUAAUAUGGAAUCAAAUGAAUAAAACCGUCUAUCAGAGUUCCCCAGGUAAUCAUAUUGUAUCGGUGAACUGGUGUGAAGUGAGCGAUAUACGACAUCUAUUUUUAGUUACAUGGACGAAAUGUUUUUGUAAAGUGGCUCAGCUUUCUCGGUGAUAUUGCGUCAGUCACAUUUGUACGUCUUAAAGCUUUAAUAUGUUUUAUUUUUAUUAUGCCUCCCAGUUGUUUUUUUUUUAAUAAUCUUUAUUGCUUACUUUACACCAGUAACAUAUCCCUAUAUAUGUAUAAAUAUUUACCGAUUGAUGCGGUAUAGAGCAUCUCACUACGUUUAUAACUUUGUUAGGGUGCAUGCGUUGACCGCGAAUGCAGUUGAGGCAUUGACACGCAAUAUGAACAAAGUAUGGAUGUGGAUUUAUCAGAUAUAUCUGAGUAUGUCCGUACGUUAUUAGUUACACUUAAUAAGCUUGGUUAAUGCUGAUGCCAGUAUUGUCAAAGUUCACUAUUUUAUUUCACGAUUAUUCAAUGAAUUACCAAUUUAGUUCUGUAUGAAAGAAAAUCUGGCCCUUGUUUCGACUGGCAAUUGUCGCCUGACAUGGACUGACAGUUCGCCGUACAUUGCUGGUCCAAUUUUAAGUAAACAUUGACGUUAUGUAACGUCGUUGCUUACCGACCACGAAAUGUACGUAAUUAUCAGUGUCAGGUAUCAAUUAAAUUAAGUUGGGGAAAUGGGCCCAGUUUAGACCUAAAUGUGUCGUGAGAUUAAAUUGUGCGACUCGUAUCUAUAUUUUUGUGUCGUUUAUGGCCACAUAUUUUAUUUUACUAAAUGUCCUCUUAGCUUUGCUAGCGGAACUAUUCGUAAGACUCUAAAAACAAUGUUGCACUAACGUUAUUGUUUUAAUUUUCUGGCCACAGAUGCCUUGACUUAAUGAUGUAUGAAUAAAUAUUUAAUACUAUGUGA